AUGAGAGUUAGAGUGAGAGAGUCAUCUGUAGUGAAACCGGCAGAAGAAACACCAAAAGUAUCUCUGUGGACGUCAAAUAUUGACCAGCUAUUCCUAAUGCACGUACAAUCUGUGUACUUUUACAAGCGUCCGUUAACAGACGGUUUAUCUUCUUGUUCUGACGAUGAUUUCUUCAAUUCUACUUUACUGAAGGAUGGUUUAAGCAAAGCUCUCGUUACUUACUACCCGAUUGCUGGAAGAUUGAAGAGAAACGAGUCAGAUAAAGGUAGAGCUGAAACCGAUUGCAACGGUGAAGGUGUAAUUUUUAUAGAGGCCGAAACUGAUUCCUUUAUUAAGGAUCUCGGUGAAUUCACUCCUAAUGAACAGCUUAUGCCUCUCAUCCCUAAUCUUGAUAAUUACGAUGAUAUUUCUUCAUAUCCACCCUUGUUGGUUCAGGUAACCCAUUUCAAGUGCGGUGGUGUUUGUCUAAGUAUAACAAUAAGCCAUACAGGAGUAGAUGGAGUCACCGGAAUGAACUUCAUCAAUACGUGGUCAGAUCUAUGUCGAGGAGUAGAAGACAUUAAACAUAUUCCGUUCUUUGAUCGGACCUUAUUAAGAGCGCGUGAUCCACCAAUAGUAUCUUUCCCACAUAUUGAACACAAACCACCUACCAUGAACAUACAUUCUUCAUCACCGUUAUCAAACCCCAAGAUUGCAAUUGCCAAGUUCAAUAUCUCAACCAUGCAGGCGAAUCAACUCAAAUCCAAAUGCAAUAAGGACGAGUUUCGGUUCAGUACAUAUGAAGUCCUCGCAGGACACAUAUGGCGUUGCUCAUGUAAAGCACGCGAACUUAAAGACGAUCAAGAGACCAUGAUAUCAAUCCCCUUAGAUUGUCGUUCACGUUUGAGUCCUCGUCUUCCGGAUGGUUAUUUCGGGAACGCCAUAUUCGAUUUAACACCAAGAGCAACUGCAGGUAAUAUCAUCUCAAAACCAUUAAGUUACGCUGUGAAUAUUAUACACGAGAUGAUAACCACAUCAGGAAACAAUGAGUAUUUUAGGUCAGCUCUUGAUUUUCUGGAAUUACACCCAAAUAUCAGUACCCUUAUCAAAGGUCCUCAGACAUUUAAGAGCUGCAAUAUCGGGAAUAUAAGUUGGGUUAGACUGCCGAUAUAUGGAGUUGAUUUCGGAUGGGGACAACCAGAUUAUAUGGGUCCUGGUAUAAUAGGAUUUGCUGGUCUUUCUUUUGUGACUCCAAAACCACCAGGAAGUGACGCUGGCUUUUCGUUAAUUCUCUCUUUGGAAUCUGAGUAUCAUAUGAAUCUCUUUAAAGAGUAUUUUUAUGAUAUUUGAUUUGGUUUCUUAUUUGGAUUUGAUUUGAUCAAAUUGUGAUAAGAAAAGUAAGCUAACUAAUCU